AUGAGGGUACAAUUCUCUUCACUCACUGCGCCCCGGACAGUGGUCAUCCCCCGUCGAAGAAUCCCCGCCUCCUCUGGGAGCUUCUUUUGCUCCUUCUACCGAAACUCCUAUCUUCCAACAACACCCUCUAAUCCCACAGUUGCCACCACAUCAAAGAAAUUGAAAGCUGGAGAAAGCUUUUUGGAAGAAUUGAAAAGGAAAGAUGCUGAACGUGGUGGCCGAUUGGCGGCGAAAGCAAGCAAGGACCCUCGAGGCAUGAGUAUAACUGCUCUGGCCGCUUUGGAGACUGCUCCUCAUCUCUCGGGGGGAUCAAGGGAUACCGGCGACCCACUGACAACUAACGUACACGUCGGCAAUCUCUGCCCGGCACGAUAUGCGAGCAAUCCUCUGGAGCCUUUUGCGUCAAAUGGGGUCCGAUCGCCUCACUCAAAGUUGGGGAAAGGCUAUGCCCAUGCCCCCAAGCCCCAAUUCGAUUGGCGCAAGCUUCAAAAGGACGAAGAAAAGUUCAUCCGCGCCGUUGCCAAGAAGGUCCUCGAACAUUGGGAACAGUUUGGAAGAACCUCAAGAGAACGGGAACGGAUGUUCAAAUUUUUGAUUGAAGCUGAUCCAUUGAUUGCUGACAAAGAAAGCGGACCAGCCGAAAAGCUGUCACGCGGCAACAGGGACGGAGACUUUUAA